UUCACAUUGGGAAUCAUGAACAUCAAUGACUUUGUAAUACUGCCAGGUUCAAAAACUGGAACUUCCGUAAAAUUAAAAGUGAAAAAUAUACGAGAGCUGAAGUUGGAGAAAGUACAGUUAGAACUAGAAAACAAGGAGCUGGAGAAGAAACUACAGCAACUACAAUCUAAUAUGAGCAGAGAAAAAGAAGAGAGGAGGGAACGAUCAAGUGGAUAUCGUUGGCAAUCUGGACAGGCAGGACCAUUGGGAAUUCAACCUCAAGUGUGGUCACAAAAUAAAGAAAAUGUUGUUAAGGUUUCUUCAGGAAAAGUGAAGUUGAAGAUACUCAAAGAACAGAUUCAUGAGCCAAUGAAACAGCCAUUUAUACAUAAAAUGGCAAAUGUUGCAAUCCCUGAAAAACCUAAAAUGAAGGGGAAGGCAUGUGGACAGUGUGAGACCAAAAAUGCUUUACUGGUAUGCUUAGAAUGUGGGGAAGAUUACUGUGGUAGUUGCUUUGCCAGAGUCCACCAGAAGGGGGCGCUGAAGCUCCAUAGAAUGAUUCCUUUACAGGCAAAAACCCAUGUAUCAGUUGGAAAAUUAGAAGCUACCCAUCAGUUCAUGAAAGACUUCAAUCCUGAUGAAUCCAAAAAGAAUCAUGAGCAGAAGAUAGCAAAUAGCAAGAAUCAGCUCAUGUCAGACAUUUCUUCAUCUCUGCUAACAUCAACAGGCAGUGCUGAGGAAGUUUCCACAGUACCAACAGGGGUAGUUUUUGAGAAUCAGAAUGGUGGAUUAUUACUGUAUGGUACUUUUGAUGAGGAAGAAUCUGCAGAGUCCUUUCAAGAAGCUUUAACUCAAUGGAGAAAUGGAAAUCAUGAACACAAAAAGGAACAGAACUCUGAUGAGGCUCAACCAGAAUCCAUGGGCGUUUGUGAGGUACAGACCCAUCUCACAAUUUUGAGAAAACCUGUUAAAAUUGAAUUCAAAGAAGAAAGCCUGAACUAUAUGGAGAAACUGUGGCUUAAGAAGCAUAGAAGAAUGCCAGUUGAUCAAAUAUCUGGUAUUCAAGCAGAUGAAUUCAGACCUAAGCAUGAAUUGAUGAAUGAACCUGAUGAUGCUCUGAGUGGAGGAGAAGGAGGAGGAGAUGAUGAUGAUGAUGAUGAUGAUUAUUUAAUAGUUGAAGAUAUGAAAAAGUAUUGGACAGCUCUCUUUAGAGCAGAAGAGUCUGACACAGUUCCUGGGAACCUUGAGUCUGCUUUGAAAAUUGAGGUACUCAGUGAUUCUUGUGAAGAGGAUCUAGAUGAAUCAUGUAACUCUGUAGUGAUGGAAGUUGGAUCCACUAAACUGAGUAAUGAACAAAGUGAUGCAGUACCAGAAAAUCAGAAGGAUACAAUAUCAGACUUUUUACCAGAACCAGCUGCUGAUGUAACUAGCAAGACAUCUCUUAAUUCUGCUUCUACAUCUGACAAAAAAGACCUUUUCAUUCCUCAUGGUAGAAGCACAGUUCCCAUUAAAGAAAUUUCUAAAGUUUCAUCUGCAAGAACAUCUACAGUGAAUCAUGAAAGAAUGUAUACUGAUUGCAUCCAUUCUAACACAGAAGAAACAGUUCUCAGCAGUCCUCAUGAAAGUGCUGUAACCGAAAAAGAAAGCAUUAAAACACAGACUUCUAGAAGAUCUCUUAGUGCUUGUAUGUUACCUGAGAAGACUUUUGACCUUCCUAAAUUAGGCAGCAAUGAACCUUCCCUCACGACAAGAUCAUUGAAAAACAAUAAAGAUUCACUGGAAUGUAACAGUUUCCACACAAGCAAGAGUUUGAUUUUACCUGUAACUACAGAGGCUUCAGUGUUGUUACAGGAAGUAGCCCUAAGAGAAAAACCUACUUUGACACAAUAUCAAGGACUUGAGGGAUUCUUUAUUUUGCAUGCAAAUUCUAAGCAAGUAACACUUGAUUCAGUUCCUUCACCUUUCUCAGAUUGCAGCUCUACAAACAGUACUUCAGUUUCAGGAAAGGGACAUUGGUUCCGAGACACUAGUUUAAGUGAAUAUGCUGAUGAUUCUGUAGUACAGGAUGUCUUGCAAAGUGAACUGAGCAGAUCUUCAAGUAGUUUGGAACUACAAAACUUAUGUGCUGGAGUUUCGCCAUGGACAUUAAUGCACAAGUCACCCACUGAUAAUAGUUUACAAAGACCUUUGUCAGCAAAUAUACCAUCCUCUAAAUCUAUGAAGUCUGAUCGUAUCUGCUGUACACUCUCUCAGACAAGACCAAGAAAUUUAACUACUCAGCCCUUAUCUAGAGCUGCUACUGAAAUUUCAAAAAUUGAAUGCAUUGAUGUAACUGAACAAAAUGACCCUCUCUUAGAAUAUACUGCUGAUCAACAAGCCUUAGCUGGCUUGGAAAAUGAACUAAAAAGUCAUACAGAUCCUCAGGAAAAACUUUACAGCUUUACCUCUGAAGACUUAUCGGCUUUCAGCAGACAUUCAAAGAAGAUAAGUGAAAAUAUUACAGAUUUCCAUAAUAACCUAGAAAUAAAAUACCACAGUAGAGUUGAUAUUUUUAGAGACUGUGAUGAAAGCCAUACAGAUGAUGAGGAAGAGAUUCUGAGGGACAAGCAGGAAGUUAUGGCACUACGUUGA